UCGUUGAGGAUAUAUAAAGCUCGGGCUCUGACGGUUACUGGAGAAGAGAGCGGUAGAUAACGCGGGCCGGUUGUCCAGCUUUUGUGUCUGUUGUGCGCGGUCAAUUUUCGGCGAAAAUGAGGGAGAUUGUUCACCUGCAGGCCGGCCAGUGCGGGAACCAGAUCGGGGCCAAGUUCUGGGAGGUGAUCAGCGAUGAGCACGGAAUCGACCCAACCGGCACCUACCAUGGUGACAGUGACCUCCAGCUGGAGAGGAUCAACGUCUAUUACAAUGAGGCCACAGGUGGCAAGUACGUGCCCCGUGCCGUCCUGGUGGACCUGGAGCCUGGCACCAUGGACUCUGUGCGAUCUGGGCCCUUCGGACAGAUC